AUGUCCAAAAAUGAAGAAGCCAGCAGUAAGGUGUCUGUGGAGGGUAUUGAUGAGGGUGUUCCUGUGAGCCCUGUGCACACGAAAGAAGUGGGAAGGCCACAGACUCCUUUGAAAGAAACAACCUUGGAGCCUUGGACUCAGCCACAGCCUCAGCGCCGUGUCACGUUUCACCUCCCAGAUGGCUCCCAGGAAAGCUGCAGUGACAGUGGGCUUGGAGACCACGAACCCACGAGUGGGGCCAGCACAUCCCACCCUCUGCCCCUCGGCUUCCCCCAGGAGGAGUACUAUGAGCAGGCUUCCCCCAACAGCCGGACGGAGGGAGACGGCAACUCGGACCCCGAGUCCACUAUAGAAGUGAAUCUCCAGAAAGCUCUGGCAGAAGCCUCUGAAAACUGCACACAGGAGUGUCUGAUCCUCGGCCAUUCCGACAACUGCUGGAUGCCUCCGGCUUUGAUGCAGUACCAGCAGCCCAACACCUCUUUGCCAUCGUUUGGCUUCCAGCAAGGCUGGGGCCGUGGAGCCAGGCCUGAGGGACGGCACACUCUUGGCAGGCCCCUUCCAAAGGAUGACAGUGACAAAGGCCAGGGGGGGCCCAGGCCCCAGUUCUACAACACCUGCGAAAGACAUUGCGCCAGCGAAGAUGCCGUCAAAGUCAUUCCUCUGGCAAACUUCACCGCGUCCCACCAGGCUCCGGGCUCUGGGAGCAGCACCACGUUUGUACACGAGCACCAGCUGUGAAGGCAUUUCUGACAAAUCCCUGAUUUCAGGCUUUAAAGUGACUGUGUAUAGUCACAGCCUAACGCUCUUCUUCGGGCACGUGCACGCUCGUUAGGCUUGUGAAUAUUUGUGUAUAUAGGAUCCUAAAUUUGAAACUGAUAAUCUAAAUCCUUAGGACUUAGUUAAAAGGUGUUUACCAUAGUUCUUGGUAAUAUCCACAAAAUGGGGAAGAGAACCCACAACCCAGAAACGAGUGAAAGAAAAUCAAAAUCCUGGUAGUUUUCUUACAUG